AUGUCGAUGGCACCCAGUUCCUGCCCCCCAGGGUGUCUGCUCCUCCUCAUGGUCCUGCAGCUGCCCACGAUGGACUCAGCUCGCUUCGACGUGAUCGGCCCGCAGGAGCCGGUGGUGGCCCUGGUGGGCGCAGACGCCGAGCUCCCCUGUCGCCUGUCCCCGAACGUGAGCGCCGAGCGCAUGGAGCUGCGCUGGUUCCGACGGACGCGGUCGCCGGCCGUGCUGCUUUACCGCGACGGGCGGGAGCGGGAGGCCGAGCAGGCGGCCGAGUACCGCGGGAGGGCGACGCUGGUGACCCACGGCCUCCGGGCCGGGCGCGCGGCCCUGCGCAUCCGCGGCGUCCGGGCCUCCGACGACGGCGAGUACCGGUGCUUCUUCAGGGACGGCGACAGCUACGAGGAGGCCGUCGUGCAUCUGAAAGCCGCCGCUCUGGGCUCUGAUCCUCACAUAAGUAUGGGAGUUCAGGAGAGUGGACAGGUCCAGCUGGAGUGCACCUCCUCGGGGUGGUACCCAGAGCCCCGGGUGCAGUGGAGAACACCCAAGGGAGAGGACUUCCCAUCCACAUCAGAGUCCAGCAAUCCCGACGAGGAAGGCCUGUUCACUGUGGCGGCUUCACUGGUCUUCAGGGACAACUCUGUAGAGAACAUGUCCUGCAGCAUCCAGAACAUUCUUCUUGGCCAGGAAAAGGAAGUAGAGAUAUCCAUACCAGCUCCAUUCUUGCCAAGGCUGAUGACUCCCUGGAUGGUAGCCGUAGCUAUUUUCCUGGUAGUCUUCGGACUUCUCACCAUUGGCUCCGUAUUUCUCACUUGGAGACUAUACAAAGAAAGAUCCAGAAUGAGGAAGAGUGAGUUUGGCUCUAAAGAGAAACUUCUAGAAGAGCUCAACUGCAAAAAGGCUACGUUGCAUGCAGUUGAUGUGACUCUGGAUCAAGACACAGCCCACCCUCACCUCUUUGUGUAUGAAGAUUCAAAAUCUGUUCGCCUGGAAGAUUCCCGUCAGACGCUGCCUGACAGACCAGAGAGGUUUGACUCUUGGCCCUGUGUGUUAGGCCGUGAGACCUUCACUUCAGGGAGACAUUACUGGGAGGUGGAGGUGGGAGACAGGACGGAUUGGGCGGUUGGUGUGUGUAGGGAGAGUGUGGUUAAGAAAGGGUUUGACCCCAUGACUCCCGAGAAUGGAUUCUGGGCUGUGGAGUUGUAUGGAGAUGGGUACUGGGCCCUCACCACACUGCGUACCCCGCUCUCAUUACUGGGGACGCCUCGCCGGGUUGGAAUUUUCCUUGACUAUGACGCAGGGGAUAUCUCCUUCUACAACAUGGCUGAUGGAUUUCCCAUCUAUACCUUCCCCAGGCUCUCUUUCUCUGGCCCCCUCCGGCCUUUCUUUUGCCUGUGGUCCUAUGAUAAAAAACCACUGACCAUCUGUCCAAUUGGCAACAGGCCUGAGAGGGUCACAGUCGGUGCUGAUAUCCAGGACCUUUCUCAGGGUAUUCCACUGUCCCCCCUGGGGGAGGUGCCAGCUUCUGGAGACCCAGACACGCUCCAUUCUAAACUAAUCCCUACCUCAUCAAGCCAAAGGACACCCUAA